CAACUAUUCUCAUACCCGUGUGGCGUCUUAUAUCAGCUAACUAAUUCAGCGUUUAAAAUCAGCAACGAUUAUAUAUAAAGGGUUUAGCAACCAAAUACACAAACACAAACUAAUAAAAGAGAAAGAGAAGAGAUGGAUCCAGAGGGUGUAUCAAAAGCAUUCGUUGAACAUUACUAUUCAACCUUUGAUACAAAUCGAUCAGCUUUAUCAAACUUAUACCAAGAACCUUCUAUGUUGACUUUUGAAGGUCAAAAGGUUCAAGGCUCACAAAACAUUGUUAACAAACUCACUUCACUUCCUUUCCAGCAAUGCAAACAUAGUAUUACAACUGUUGACUGUCAGCCUUCUGGUCCUGCGGCUGGUAUGCUUGUUUUUGUUAGUGGUAAUCUUCAACUUGCUGGUGAACAACACGCGCUUAAAUUCAGUCAGAUGUUCCAUCUGAUGCCGACUCCACAAGGAAGCUUUUAUGUUUACAAUGACAUAUUCCGCUUGAAUUAUGCUUGAAGAGAGAUCCUGAACUUUAAAGCAUUCGGCGCUGAAUUGUUUGCCUAUCAUUUCUGUUUUUUAUACUGUCACAUGUCUAUUCCUUGAGAACUAGGAGUCUAGGACAAUCAAUUUCUAGUGUUGCUGUCCAACUCGUCUUUUCUUUUUUUAAUAUUUUAUUUGAUGAUUGCAAGUAGAUGAACAUUGGGGGAAAAAUUGUUAUUACGAUUGGCUAUCUUGUUAAA